CAAGCAAGCAAGUGCCUAAUCUUCAAUUGGAGAGAGAGAGAGCAACCAAAAGAGAAGCAAAGUUUCAAUACAAUUUCUAGAGAGAGAUAAUGGAGAGCUUCCCAGUGAUCAACAUGGAGAACCUGAAUGGUGAGAAUAGAGCAAUCACCAUGGACAAGAUCAAAGAUGCCUGUGAGAACUGGGGCUUCUUUGAGCUGGUGAAUCACGGGAUAUCACCCGAGCUGAUGGACACGGUCGAGCGAAUGACGAAGGGACAUUACAAGAAGUGCAUGGAGCAGAGGUUCAGAGAGCUGGUGGCGAGCAAGGGGCUCGAGUAUGUCCAGACGGAGGUCCAUGACUUGGACUGGGAAAGCACCUUCCACUUGAAGCACCUCCCCGUCUCCAACAUCUCCCAAAUCCCAGAUCUCGAUGAUGACUACAGGAAUGUCAUGAAGGAGUUUGCAGUGAAACUGGAGAAGCUGGCGGAGGAGCUCCUGGACCUGCUAUGUGAGAACCUGGGCCUCGAGAAAGGUUACUUGCAGAACGCCUUCUAUGGGUCCAACGGGCCGAACUUCGGCACCAAGGUCAGCAACUAUCCGCCGUGCCCGAAGCCCGACCUGAUCAAGGGGCUUCGGGCCCACACCGACGCCGGCGGCAUCAUCCUGCUCUUCCAGGACGACAAGGUCAGCGGCCUGCAGCUCCUCAAGGACGGCCAGUGGAUCGACGUACCCCCGAUGCGCCACUCCAUUGUCAUCAACCUCGGCGACCAAAUCGAGGUGAUAACCAAUGGGAAGUACAAGAGCGUGCUGCACAGGGUGGUGGCCCAGACAGAUGGGAACAGGAUGUCUAUAGCUUCGUUCUACAACCCGGGCAGCGACGCCGUGAUCCAUCCGGCGCCGGCUCUCGUGGGGAGAGAAGCAGAGGAGGCCGGUGAAGCGACUUACCCGAAGUUUGUGUUCGAGGACUACAUGAAACUGUAUGCUGCUCUCAAGUUCCAAGCCAAAGAGCCAAGAUUCGAAGCCAUGAAAGCCAUGGAGACAGCCCCCAAUUUGGUCCCAAUUGCAACUGCUUAAAUUGGGAAUUCUAAGAGUUCUUUAAGCUGGGGGACCCAGCAGAGGAAAUUGGCCUUUAUUUUUAUUUUUAUAUUAAACCAACAGAGCAAAUUUUAGACAUCAGAUUGAACUGGGCGUGCUUGUUCCUGUGAUACUUUUGAUUUGGAGAUUGUAACAACAGUCAAAUGGAAAUAAUAGGAGGUGAACAUCAUUAAUAUAUUUCUUCUUUGUUCCUUCGGA